GUUUAAGAUGUGCCACUAUUAACACAUCCAGAUUUUGUUCAUAUGCAAAAAUGAAGUGAAGGCUGCGUAUUUUGGCGAAAACACAAACAAUGGCACGAGAAAAAAUUGGAAAAUCUAAACAACAAGCGAAAACAAAAGAUGAGAAAACGAAAAAUGACAUGGUGCCAUACUAUAAACUGUACACAUUCGCCACACCAUUGGACAAAAUAUUAAUACUAAUCGGCACUUUGGGAUCAGCAGUGUGCGGAAUCUUGCAACCGUACAUGAUGAUUUUGUUCGGGGACGCUUCUGGGAUUGUAGUAAACUAUUUUACUAGCAUCGAAUUUAAUGCCACAGACGCAGACCGGGAGAGAGCUGUCGAAUACUUGUACGAUGGCAUUUUCGACUUUUCCAUCUGUACUUGCGCUGCAGCCUUCGCCAUUAUCAUCGCCACGUACAUCACGGGGGUAGCAUUCUCAUACAGUUCUCUAAGACAGACGUUCAAAAUGCGUAGAGAUUUUCUGGAGAAGACGUUGAAUCAAGACAUGGGCUGGUACGACCAGAAUCAAACGGGCGACUUCGCCAGCGUAAUUACGGACAACAUUCCUAAAAUCGAAGAAGGCAUGGGCGAGAAACUCGGCACAUGCCUCUUUUUCUUUUUUACUUUCGCUUCGGGUCUUGUAUGGGCUUUGAUUAAGGGGUGGAAACUCGCUCUGGUCACUCUAGCGACGUUCCCCAUCCAACUUCUGGUAAUGGGCGUGAUAAGUUGGCUGUCGGCUAAAUACUGUAAACAAGAGAUGCAAGCCUAUAGUGGCGCGGGUUCAGUUGCCGAAGAGGUACUUAGCUCUAUAAGAACAGUUGUGGCUUUCGACGGCCAAGAAAGAGAGUGCAAACGAUACGAAACAUACGUAAAACAAGCUAAAGACAACAACAUGAAGAAGUGUUUCUUCAAUGCGAUCAAUCAGGGCUUCAUUUGGUUCCUGACGUACUCUUGUUACGCGCUUGCCUUUUGGUAUGGCGUCGGACUGGUGAUCGAAGAACGCGCCAUACCGAUCGAAGAGCGGGUCUAUACCCCCGGUAACAUGAUAGGGGUAUUCUUCGCUACUUUGAUAGCCACCUGGAACUUUGGCAACAUCGCUCCUUUCCUCGAGGUGUUCGGUAUGGCUCGAGGGGCAGCCCAUAAGGUGUUCUCCAUCUUGGAUAGUAAGCCGCUUAUUCAUAAGAAAGGAAAUGCGGGGAAGAAACCCAAUUUCAAGUCUAAUGUGGUGCUGCGCAACGUCGGGUUCAAGUAUCCCUCGAGGUCAGAUGUGCAGGUGUUGAGAGGCGUUAAUCUCGAAAUUAAAUUUGGGGAGACGAUCGCUCUGGUGGGACACUCGGGUUCCGGCAAAUCUACCAUCGUCCAGCUACUUCAAAGGUUCUACGAUCCUAGUUCGGGAUGCAUAUUAAUAGAUGGCGUGAACUUAAAACACGUCAACCUGGCGCACCUGCGGAAAAACCUAGGAGUGGUAAGUCAGGAGCCGUCACUGUUCGCAACGACAAUAGCCGAGAAUAUACGGUACGGCAAACUCAACGCCACCACUGAAGAAAUCGUGUCGGCUGCUAAGAAGGCGAACGCACACAAGUUUAUUCAAAAUUUGCCUAACGGUUACCAGACUCUAAUCGGCGAAAGAGGAGCGCAACUCUCCGGAGGUCAGAAGCAACGCAUCGCCAUAGCCAGAGCUCUUAUCAAACAUCCCAGUUUACUGCUUCUCGACGAAGCCACAUCAGCACUCGAUACCGAGAACGAGGCCGAAGUACAAAUGGCUCUGGAUUCAAUCGACUACACGUGCACUAAAAUUGUGGUGGCUCAUCGGUUAUCGACCAUCAGGAACGCCGACAGAAUUAUAGUUUUCGAUCAAGGUCGCGUCGUGGAAGAAGGUUCCCAUCAGCAACUGAUGGAGGCCAAGGGGGCGUAUUGUAAUAUGAUCAACUCUCAAGGCUAUACGGAAUUAAAUAGAGAAGACAACAAAAUCAAUGACGUCCAAAAGAGAAAAUGCUCCAGAGUAAAGAGCAUGACGUUCAGCUCUCAUAGUGGCUAUGACAGCGAUUCGGACGAUGCGAGUACUGAAUUUGAAGACGAGGAAACCGAGGAGAUGAGCUCGUUCUGGGUUAUAAUGAAAAUCUUAAAAGUAAAUUCCCGCGAAUGGUUGGCCUUUUUAACGGGUUGUCUAGCGUCGGUCUUAAACGGUGCAUCCUUACCCUUGUACGGAUUAAUUUUCGGUGACAUAGUCGGGGUGCUGGUUAUCUUGGACGACGAGCUGCUCAGGGAGCAGUCCAAUCAGUUUUGCUUGUACUUUCUAUAUCUCGGGAUUGCCAUCGGAAUAGCUAUGUUUAUACAGUUUUUCGCUUUUGGAUACGCGGGUGAAAUCUUAACUUACCGCUUGCGGAACUGGACGUUCGAGGCCAUGCUCAAACAAGAAAUGGCGUGGUUCGACAGGAAAGAGAACGGAGUAGGAGCGUUGUGCGCCCAACUCUCUGGAGAUGCCGCUAGCGUUCAAGGAGCAGCAGGAUCGAGGAUUGGGAUAAUAAUAAACUCCCUGUCUACUUUGGCUCUAUCCUUGGCCUUCGGUAUGUACCUCGACUGGAGGUUGACCCUGGUCGCCCUCGCGUUCUACCCUAUGGUACUCUUCUCGAUGUACUACGAGCGAAAGUCGAUCCAAUCGGACGCCACCAAGACCCAAAAGUUGCUCGAGAAGUCCGCCAAGAUUGCAGUCGAGGCUAUCGAGAACAUCAGAACGGUGAAAUCACUUGGCUGCGAGCAUAUUUUCUGCGAUUCUUAUAAUGAGGAGCUCUCAAUCUGCAUCAAAAUGGGUUUCAAGAGAUGUCACGUGCGGGGAUUUAUCCUGGGAUGCGCGCGCAGCUUGAUGAUGUUUGCCUACGCAGCCGGGUUCACUUACGGAGCCAGUCUCAUGGUGGUUGCUCACGUCGACAGCGCGACAGUAUUCAAGGUUCUCGAGGUGAUAAUCACGAGCUCAUGGUCGAUAGGUAACGUCCUCACGUACUCUUCGAAUAUGCAGAAGGGUUUAACAGCUGCAGCGAGGAUUUUCAACUUGAUUAAGCGAAUACCGGAAGUCCGAAACGAACCAGACGCAGGCAAAGCGGAAUGGGACCAGGGACGAGUGGAAUUUUCCAAGGUUCAGUUUUCGUAUCCUACUAGACCGUCGGUGCAGGUCCUAGAUGGUAUCGACCUGUCGAUAAUGGAAGGAAAAACAGUAGCGUUGGUAGGAGGUAGCGGAUGUGGAAAAUCUACAAUUAUCCAGCUUCUGGAGAGGUUUUACGAUCCUACAUAUGGCGAUGUGUUAGUAGACAGGGACGACAUCAAACACGUGACUUUGGAAUCGCUUAGGCUCCAUCUGGGUAUCGUGUCGCAGGAACCUAAUCUUUUCGACAGGACGAUCGCGGACAAUAUCGGUUACGGCGUGCGGGAUCGGAGCGUGAGGAAGAAGGAGAUUGAGUUGGCGGCGAAGGCGGCCAACAUUCAUAACUUUGUCGCCAGUCUCCCGCUGGGCUAUGAAACGCGUCUGGGUACAAAAGGCACGCAGCUUUCCGGAGGUCAGAAGCAGAGGAUUGCUAUAGCGAGAGCGUUGCUGAGGAAUCCGAGGAUUUUGCUUCUCGACGAGGCCACGUCAGCGUUAGAUAACGAAAGCGAGAAGAUUGUGCAGGAAGCCCUAGAUAAUGCUAGACAAGGACGGACGUGUAUCACGAUAGCUCACAGAUUGACGACUAUCCAAGCGGCUGAUUUGAUAUGCGUCCUCAAAGAGGGAAAAAUCGCCGAGACGGGCACCCAUACGGAGCUACUGGAGAGGAAGGGAUUGUACUUUGAAUACUAUAAGCUUCAAUCCGGUCAGGGUUAAACAACUCGCUAACUCGCCAUGUGGCGCUGAUGACUCGGUAGUUGUAUUUAAGAGAAAACCCUCAUUAUUUUUAAUAGAUUAAUUUAAUUGUAAUUGAGCAACGUUUUCUUUAAAAUAGUUUACCGCCCUUUAGUUUUUAAGGAAGUUGACGUAUAUGAUAAAAAUGAUUGAUAUUGGAUUAAGAACCAUCUACGAAGGAAAUAUGCCGCAAAGUUUGAAUCCAAAUUUAUUUACUUUUGACAAUUAAAAAACACCUUAAGCCAGACCUUAUAAAUGUUUUCUAUAAUCUAAAAUUAACCUAUUUAUUCGCAACUUGGGGAUUGCCUUCUGUUACGCCGAAAUAAAUUCUUCACAACCACAGUAAUCGAAUGAAUGACAUUAACCCAACUUGUAUUUUUUGUCUA